CUCCCGAAAUAGUUGAAGCUUUUUUGUAUAAUGAAAUGAGAGUGUGUUUAUUUGUUCAAUAGUGUUAAUUUUGCGAAAUUAAUUAAUCUCUAUUAAAUAACAAUAAUGUGAAAUAAAAGAAGAAAUAAAAAAAAAUUAUUUAUAUAUAUAUAUAUAUAUUUAUCGUGAAGAUCGUGCUUAUAUUUUGCAAGAGUCAAAUGACUAUUUUUAGACUUUUGAGUUUUUCUUCUCGUAUAUAUAUAUAAAUAAUGUAUAAUGUUAUUUAUACAAGUUUUUCGACGUAAUGGACAAUUAUCAGAAAAAUGAAAAAUAAAAUGCCACCAUUUCGCAGGAAAAAGAAUGGAAAAUCUUUUCCAGUUAAAGUUUGUACUCUCGAUGCAGAAUUGGAAUUCAAUUUGGAGUGGAGGGCAACAGGACGGGAUUUAUUCGAUUUGGUUUGUCGUACAAUUGGACUAAGAGAGACUUGGUAUUUUGGAUUGCAAUACGAAGACGCGAAAGGAUUUAUAUCAUGGCUGAAACUCGACAAAAAAGUGCAAGAUCAAGGAAUAUCGCAACAGCCAACAACGCCAUUUAUGUUCCUGGCGAAAUUUUAUCCGGAGGAUGUUGCCGAGGAACUUGUACAGGAAGUAACUCAACAUUUAUUCUAUCUUCAGGUUAAACAAGCAAUUCUUUCAAUGGACAUUUAUUGUCCACCGGAAGCUUCUGUUUUACUUGCUUCUUACGCGGUUCAAGCCAAGUACGGAGACUAUGAUGAAGUCUCACAUCGUCCAGGAAUGUUGGCUAGCGAAGAUCUUUUACCGCAACGUGUUAUUGAUCAAUAUCAAAUGACACCGGAAAUGUGGGAGGAUCGUAUAAAAAUUUGGUACGCCGAUCAUCGGGGAAUGUCACGCGACGAAGCUGAAAUGGAAUAUUUGAAAAUUGCACAGGACCUCGAUAUGUAUGGAGUUAAUUAUUUUCCAAUUAGCAAUAAGAAGGAGACGGACCUUUGGCUGGGUGUGACGGCAUUGGGACUAAAUAUUUACGAGAAGGAAAAUAAGCUGACGCCAAAGACAACGUUCACGUGGUCCGAGAUCCGGCAUAUAAGCUUUGAUGACAAGAAGUUUGUGAUCAAACCAGUGGAGAAGUCAUCGCCAAAUUUUGUCUUCUUCUCGCAGAAAGUUCGGAUGAAUAAAUUGGUAAAGAAAAAAUCUGAUGUUGCCAGCUGGGUGAAGGGAAUUGUAGUUUUAGGAUUGGAGGAACGUAUUAGUGACAAAGCUGCUCGAAUAUUAUUUGUUAAGAUUCUGGACCUGUGCAUUGGAAAUCAUGAUCUAUUUAUGCGGAGAAGGAAGCCCGAUUCAAUGGAGGUCCAGCAGAUGAAGGCCCAGGCAAAGGAAGAAAAAUCAAGGAGGCAAAUCGAAAGGAAUAAAUUGGCCCGCGAGAAACAAUUGAGGGAAGCUGCAGAGAGGGAAAAAGCUGCGAUGGAACAGCGUCUUUUGCAGUAUCAAGAAGAAAUUCGACUUGCAAACGAAGCUCUCAGAAGGUCUGAAGAAACGGCAGACUUGUUAGCAGAGAAAAGUCGUGUUGCUGAAGAGGAGGCAAUGCUCCUUAGUCAAAAGGCCUCGGAGGCUGAGCAGGAGAUAACGCGAAUUAGACUGAAUAAUAUGAAAACAGAAGAGGAGAAAGUUCAUCUUGAGAGAAAGACAAGAGAGGCGGAAUUACUCACCGAGAGAUUGGUACAAGAGUCCGAGAGACGUGCCGUCGAGGCGGAAAAACUCAAAGACGAAUUACUUCGCGCUCGAAUCGCCGAGAAGGAGGCAAAGGAAAAAUUACUCGAAUUUCUCAGCAGAAAUGCAUACGCAAAUGCAAUAACCCCGGUGUCGAAUAUUUUUCCAUCGACACAAGUAUUACCAUCGGAUUUGCAAGCUGAUUUACAAACAUUACAUUUGGAUGCUGAGCCAUUGUCACCUGAAUUAACAUCGUAUGAUUUAAUUGCCGACGGUGAUGUCGAUCAAUUGUCAAUUGAAAUUGAAAAAGAACGCGUCGAUUAUUGGGAGAAGAGUAAAAAUUUACAGGAACAAUUAAAGGAAUUACGCUCUGAAAUUGAGGUAAUGAAAGUUGGCGAGAAACAAUGUGAAUUGGAUCAAUUGCACGAGGAACAAGUGAGACUUGGCGAAAAUAAAUAUAGUACAUUGAAAAAAGUCAAGUCAGGUUCAACUAAAGCGAGAGUUGCCUUUUUCGAGGAACUUUGAUUAAAAAACAAUUCGUAAGUUCCCUUUUUUUUUUUUUUUUCCGCCUCUUGCUUCUUAUAGUAAAUCGUUUAGAAUUUAACGCAAAAUGAAAAUUCUAUCAAAAAUUGAAAUUUUUAUCAAAACAAAUUAACUAGAAAAUUUUAUUUUUUUUAAAAAUCGUUUUUAUUUUAAUUUUUUUUUUAAGCCGCUUUUUUGCACAAUUCCGAGCCAAAUAGUGCCUUUGAAUAAUUUUUGUUUUUUUCUAUACUUUUGUUAGAAAAUUACAAAUGUCAAUUUAAAAUCAUUGAUUGAAAAAUUUAUUAUAAGAUGAACGAUUAACGAAUUUCGAUAUUUGAUAAUUUUAUUAUUACUGUAGUUUUUUUUUAGCUGUACGAUAAUUAAGCUCGCCAUAUUCUCAAAAUGCGAUAAUAAAUUGUACAAUAGCAGUUUGUAAGUUUAAUACGAAAAGUCA